AUGUCUCAUUUUCGUUGUCCAAGUUCAUCCCUCGUUGAAGAAGCUGGAUUGUAUGCAUAUCAACCUAUUUCUGGUCUAGACGAGAGUCAGUUAUUUGCGGAAGAUGACGAAUAUCCUAGCGCUCAUACAAGUCGAAGCACAAGCAGUACCAAUAUAACCACCAUCUAUAAUCAUGGCAGCACCAAUAACGCAUCUGCAACUACGUCGAGUCAUGCCAGCAAUCAUAAUGGCUACAAUAGUAAACGGUGCUGGAUUUGCUUUGGAGAGGAGACGGAUUCUGAAGGGAGAUGGGUCAAUCCUUGUCAAUGCUCUCUAGUGUCUCACGAACAGUGCUUACUAGAUUGGAUUGCAGAAAACCAAAAGAAUACGCCAUUGAAGAAAGUUUCAUGCCCACAGUGUAACUCGGCUUACGUUUUGUCUGAAACCCAUAGUAUACCGCUUGUUCUGAUGAGCAUUGCAGACAGCCUUGUUCACACGGCAGCACCAUAUAUCACUGUACUGGGAUUAGGAUGUUCCAUGUUGAUUACGUCUACAACAUUUGGUGCAUAUACAGUAUUGACAUUGUUUGGCACAAAAGAAGGGGAGAAGCUAAUAGGAAAUCCAGCUUAUUGGACUUGGCGAACCUGGCUUGGAUUACCAUCUAUUCCCGUUGCAUUGCUUGCCUCUCGUACAAAAUGGGCCGAUAAUGUAUUGCCAGCUGCCACGUUGCUCUUGUUGCGUAUUACUGGCAUCUCUUAUCCAUUGAAAAUCACAUGGCCUCCAUCACCCGCUGUUAUGUUUGGAUUGUUGCCUUGGGUCAGACUACUUUACAAUAACAUGUACUCGCUCUUGCAGAGAAAAGUGUCUCGAUCAUUGAUCCGUACCAGCAGCAGUAACAAUACCAACGCAAAUGACGGCCACCGACCAUCUCUAGCUAGAAGACGAACUACCGCGGAUGAUAUUGACAUUGAGGAUAAUGCAGACAUAGGCGCAAAUCAGGAUACAGAGGUGUUAUUCGGUAGAGAAGGUCGAGAUAUGAGCGUUACAGUGAUAGGAGCUUUAUUGUGGCCUACUAUCAGCAGCAUUGUAGGAAGUUAUCUAAACCACUCGAAAUUCGUACGACGCUAUUUCCCAGAACCAUUUCAAAGAAAUGUACUCGGUGGUUGUUUAUUUGUAGUUGCCAAGGAUAUUGCAAAUCUCUUUUAUAAAUAUGAGCGCAUUCGACGUCGUCGAUCUCGUCGAGUUGUAAAUUACAAUGAAAUGAAACGUCGUUCCAAAUAA